AUGGAAAAUGGUAUUCUGGAUAAUGGGGGCUUCCAUACUAGAGGAGAGAAUACGCUAGGCUCGUCCAUCAGACGCAAGGCUCGUCCAUCAGACGCUAGGCUCGUCCAUCAGACGCUAGGCUCGUCCAUCAGACGCCAGGCUCGUCCAUCAGACGCUAGGCUCGUCCAUCAGACGCCAGGCUCGUCCAUCAGACGCCAGGCUCGUCCAUCAGAUGCUAGGCUCGUCCAUCAGACGCCAGGCUCGUCCAUCAGACGCCAGGCUCGUCCAUCAGACGCCAGGCUCGUCCAUCAGACGCCAGGCUCGUCCAUCAGACGCCAGGCUCGUCCAUCAGACGCAAGGCUCGUCCAUCAGACGCCAGGCUCGUCCAUCAGACGCCAGGCUCGUCCAUCAGACGCCAGGCUCGUCCAUCAGACGCAAGGCUCGUCCAUCAGACGCAAGGCUCGUCCAUCAGACGCCAGGCUCGUCCAUCAGACGCCAGGCUCGUCCAUCAGACGCCAGGCUCGUCCAUCAGACGCCAGGCUCGUCCAUCAGACGCCAGGCUCGUCCAUCAGACGCCAGGCUCGUCCAUCAGACGCCAGGCUCGUCCAUCAGACGCCAGGCUCGUCCAUCGGACGCCAGGCUCGUCCAUCGGACGCCAGGCUCGUCCAUCAGACGCCAGGCUCCUCCAUCAGACGCCAGGCUCGUCCAUCAGACGCCAGGCUCGUCCAUCGGACGCCAGGCUCGUCCAUCAGACGCCAGGCUCCUCCAUCAGACGCCAGGCUCGUCCAUCAGACGCUAGGCUCGUCCAUCAGACGCCAGGCUCGUCCAUCAGACGCCAGGCUCGUCCAUCAGACGCCAGGCUCGUCCAUCAGACGCCAGGCUCGUCCAUCAAACGCCAGGCUCGUCCAUCAGAUGCCAGGCUCGUCCAUCAGACGCCAGGCUCGUCCAUCAGACGCCAGGCUCGUCCAUCAGACGCCAGGCUCGUCCAUCAGACGCCAGGCUCGUCCAUCAGACGCCAGGCUCGUCCAUCAGACGCCAGGCUCGUCCAUCAAACGCCAGGCUCGUCCAUCAGAUGCCAGGCUCGUCCAUCAGACGCCAGGCUCGUCCAUCAGACGCCAGGCUCGUCCAUCAGACGCCAGCUCGUCCAUCAGACGCCAGGCUCGUCCAUCAGACGCCAGGCUCGUCCAUCAAACGCCAGGCUCGUCCAUCAGAUGCCAGGCUCGUCCAUCGGACGCCAGGCUCGUCCAUCAGACGCCAGGCUCGUCCAUCAGACGCCAGGCUCGUCCAUCAGACGCCAGGCUCGUCCAUCAGACGCCAGGCUCGUCCAUCAGACGCCAGGCUCGUCCAUCAGACGCCAGGCUCGUCCAUCAGACGCUAGGCUCGUUUGAUAACAACUAUCAGAGCUGUAGAUCAACCCCCAUUAGUAAAG